GACACUGCUAAUUAUUCGAGAAUGCGCAAGAAAACGAUAUCGCAAAACAGUUGAUCUAAUAGUUUGACAGUUUACUUUCGAUAUACAGGGUGUCUGAUAAUAAUCGCCCCGUAAUGUGCAGGUAGAGCGGGUUAAAUCAAGUAGAAAAGUUAUCUACCGUUUUGCGAUCUUUGCAAUAUAAUUAAUAAGAAAUUAUAUAAUUAAAAAAGAUCGGCCAAUUCGCGCGAGUCUUAACGCGCGGCAAGAAAGAAUCCAUGAUAUGUGGUUGCCAUAGGACACGAGAAUCCAUCAACUUAAUUGGUACACAGAACAACUAUGCGAACGGCAGUCAAUGACAACUCGCCGAACGAUCAUUUCAAGGAUUCUUUCCUGGAUAAGAUUCAUCGAUGAUUGUCCGAUUAAGAUCAGUAUCUGCAGAAAGAGACUUUACUAGAUUUCACAUUGAGAGUUCUUCAAGGAGGUAUAACAUAAAAGGAUCUUGUAACAUCGCUGUCGAUAGCGAAGGAGGAUUUCAUUGCACGUUUAAUUACUUCCGGAAAUAAUCCCCAGUCUGAGGAAGAAGCUGAUUUGGCAUUAAAUCCUCCGAUACGACAUAUAGCCCCACAUUUGCAAGCUUUAACAGCUAGCGAAUUAGUUCAUCUGUUGAAGGCAGACGUACUACAAACAACCACAGAAGCCGAGCAACAACAGAAUAUCACGGAAGAAUUACUAAUAAAUCAACUGUCGACAGAACAUACCUACAAGUCGAAAGACAAUAAUUAACUUCUAUAAUUUUGCAAUAUAAGACACCAUGUCGAUUGAAGCAUUAUCUGGUAAAGUUUUCUUAGUGGUAACCGGUGCGAGUCGUGGUAUCGGUCGUCAAAUAGCGAUAACAUUCGGUUCGCUACUGCAGGAGAGCUCGCAUAUUCUUUUAUUAGCAAGAAAUUUAAAUGGUUUAAAAAAAGUCGCAAAAAAUAUACCACCCAAAGUGACAGUUCAUACUGUUAGUAUAGAUCUUGGUGAAGCGAAAGUGACGAAAACCAAUUUUGAAGAGACCAUUUUGGGAUGCCUAAGUGAAACCACUCGCGACGCAUUUGAUCGAGUGGUCGUAGUGCAUAAUGUAGGUACUAUCGGCGAUGUCACAAAAUUUGUAAAUGAGAUGGUGGAUAUAGAUGUCUGGAAACAAUUUUAUACCCUAAACUUAUUCCUGCCCGCUAUUUUGAAUGCGGUAAUUAUGAAUUUGUUUGACAGUACAAACAUUAAGAAAGUGGUUAUCAAUAUUACGUCUCUGAAUGGUAUUCAAGCAAACAAGGCCUGUGGUUAUUAUUGCUCGGCAAAGGCAGCACGAGAAAUGUACUUUAAGGUCUUUGCUUUGGAAAAUCCUGAUGUUGAUGUAUUAAGUUAUGCACCGGGACACGUCGAUACAGAUAUGUUACAAACAGUGUGCAAAACGAUCACCAAUCCCGAAACUAACAAAAUAAUACAACACUUGCAUGAAACCAAUACUGUAUUGACAACAGAACAGACAGUUAAUCGUCUUGUGGAGAUCUUAAAAGAACAUAAAUACAACGCGGGCGAUCAUGUGGAUUAUCACGACAAGUAAAGCAGCGGCGAUGGUAAUAACUAUAUCUUAAUCUUUAAAGAUAAAAACAUAUGGAAGCGAGAUAAUUAUUUAAAAACAAUUUUUUUGUGAAUAAGUUUUUAUUCUUUCUUAACUAAAAUAAUAUUAUAUAUAUUCUACCUUUAAAGAUGACGCGUUAACCUUUGUGAAAUAGUAUAAAAAUAAAUCAUUUCUAUAAGUA